AGCUAAUUGGCGGCGGACAGUAGUUUGUUAUUAUUUUGGUUCAAUUAGAUUUUGUUUUUGAAUUAUUAUCUGCUCUUCUCGUUCACGUUCGAUUCCUUUUUUUCUCCAUCAGAAACCGUUUAUUUGAACUAUUGUCGGAUCCGUUUCACUUUCGCGGUUGCCGGACACACGCGCAUACCGAUCCGUUAUCGACCGUCGUUACAAUAUUGUAAAUGUAAAACAAUAUCACCGUCGUCGUAGUCCCGUGGCCAUCCGAGUCGCCGCCGAAUGACGGUUGCCGUACCGGCGAUGGUGGUGUUUGCUGACGGACCCGACAAUAGACGUCUGCUUGCCAUUAUAAUUGUCAGGUAUCUCGGGCUCCGGUGUGGGUGACAGACGAGACAUAAUUGCAGUCCGUACAUAAUUAUUUAUAUCGUCGAUAGUAGGCAAUCAAUGUUUCCAAGGGAAUAAUAACUACUCAAUGAACAUAACGUGAACUUAACGACCAAUCGGUCGCAAUGACAAAGAAAUUUGAGUUCAAUUGGCAGAUCCCAGUUCCUGAUGUGUUGCUACAAGGUUGUGUGUUCGACCGCUGGUCUGAAGAAAAAGACAAUGUGGAAAUUGAAUAUGGCUGUACAUUCAAGGUUGAUGAAUAUGGAUUUUUCAUCUAUUGGAAAAGCGAAAAUCGAGAUGGAGAUGUCAUUGAAUUGUGUCAGGUCAGCGACAUACGUUCUGGAGGAUUACCCAAAGAUACUCGACAACAGCAGCAGUUGAUAAAUAAACAUGGUGAUACCUUGGAAGAGAAAUCCCUAACUAUAUGCAGCAACACGGAUUACAUCAACAUAAAUUAUCAGCAUGUUAUUUGUCCAGAUGCUGCUACAGCUAAACAAUGGCAAGAAGGCCUCCGUAAAAUCACACAUAACAACAAAAUGAACAAUGUUUGUGUACGGACUAAUCUUAUGAAACAUUGGAUGCGAUUAGGCAUGUUAGUGGAUCCAAAAGGUAAAGUUCCUGUAAAAGUAAUUGCUAGAACAUUUGCUUCAGGUAAAACUGAAAAAAUGGUUUACCAAUGUCUGGCUGAUCUCAACUUGCCCAGUGGAAAAAAUGAUACUAUUGAGCCGUCAGAUUUUACAUUUGAUAAAUUCUAUGAACUUUAUCAUAAGAUAUGCCCUAGAAAUGAUAUUGAAGAACUUUUCCAGUCAAUCACUCAAGGAAAAGCUGAAAAUAUCAGUUUGGAUCAAUUUAUCACAUUCCUAAAUGAGAAACAGCGCGAUCCUCGUUUAAAUGAAAUUUUAUACCCAUUGUAUGAUGAAAAGAGAGCAAUUGAAAUUAUUAACGACUAUGAACCAUCUGAAGAAGUAAAAAAUGAAAAGCAAUUAUCAAAAGAAGGUCUCAUUAGAUAUUUAAUGUCUGAUGAAAAUGCACCAGUGUUUUUGGAUCGAUUAGAUUUCUACAUGGAUAUGGAUCAACCUUUAGCUCAUUAUUAUAUUAAUUCAUCUCAUAAUACAUAUUUAUCUGGACGACAAUUUGGUGGUAAAUCUAGUGUUGAAAUGUAUCGUCAAACACUUUUAGCUGGAUGCAGAUGUGUUGAACUCGAUUGUUGGGAUGGUAAAGGCGAAGAAGAAGAGCCAAUCAUAACCCACGGGAAAGCCAUGUGUACAGAUAUUCUAUUUAAGGAUGUAAUUUAUGCUAUUCGAGACACAGCAUUUGUAACAUCUGACUUUCCAAUUAUUUUGUCAUUUGAGAAUCAUUGUUGUAAAAGUCAGCAAUACAAACUUGCCAAAUAUUGUGAUGAAAUUCUUGGAGAUUUAUUAAUGAGAGAAUGUCUACCUGAUUUUCCAUGUGAUCCAGGAGUACCAUUACCUCCGCCGUCAUUACUUAAAAGGAAAAUUAUGAUUAAGAAUAAACGGUUAAAACCAGAAGUUGAAAAAAGUGAAUUAGAGUUGUUUAGAAAAGGUCAAUUUGUCAUUGAGGAUGAAGAAAAAGAAGAUGCAACUGCAGUAACAUCAAAUCCACCUGAAGAAAAAAAGGUUGAAGCUCCUGAUGUGGGAACAGGUACCGAAGGUGCCGAGGCUCCACCACCUAUACAGUAUACUGGAUCAACUACAAAUGUACAUCCGUGGUUAUCUUCAAUGGUUAAUUAUGCACAGCCUAUCAAAUUUCAAGGUUUUGAUGUAGCUGAAAAAAAGAAUAUUCAUCAUAAUAUGAGUUCCUUUGCUGAAAACACUGGACUUGGGUAUUUAAAAUCUCAAGCAAUUGAAUUUGUAAAUUACAAUAAAAGACAGAUGAGCCGUAUUUAUCCAAAAGGAACUCGCGCUGAUUCUUCAAAUUAUAUGCCACAAGUUUUUUGGAAUGCUGGUUGUCAAAUGGUGUCAUUAAAUUUUCAAACUGCUGAUUUGCCUAUGCAGCUUAAUCAGGGAAAAUUUGAAUACAAUGGUAACUGUGGAUACUUAUUGAAACCAGAUUUUAUGCGAAGAGCAGACCGAAGCUUUGACCCAUUUGCAGAAUCCCCUGUAGACGGGGUGAUUGCUGCCCAGUGUUCGGUUCAAGUGAUUGCUGGCCAAUUUUUAUCUGAUAAGAAGGUUGGUACUUAUGUUGAAGUUGAUAUGUAUGGCCUUCCUACAGAUACUAUCCGUAAAGAAUUUCGUACUCGUAUGGUACCUAGCAAUGGUUUGAAUCCAGUGUACAAUGAAGAACCAUUUUUAUUUAGAAAGGUAGUGUUACCAGAUUUAGCGGUAUUGAGGAUUGGUGUGUAUGAAGAAAAUGGAAAACUAUUGGGACAAAGAAUUUUGCCUUUGGAUGGUCUACAAGCUGGCUAUAGACAUAUAUCAUUGAGAUCAGAAGCUAAUUUCCCAAUGGCUCUUCCUAUGUUAUUCUGUAACAUCGAGUUGAAAAUUUAUGUUCCUGAUGGUUUUGAAGAUUUCAUGGCAGCUUUAUCUGAUCCAAGAGCAUUUUUGUCAGCACAAGAAAAGCGUGCACAACAAAUGAAAGCUAUGGGUAUCGAAGAAACCGAUAUUAAUACCAAAGAUAUUUUAGCUGGCAAUGCAGGCGAAGGUGAGAAGACUGGUAAAAAGGGGAGCAAAAACAAAAAGUCUGAUGAACCAAAGAAAGAAGAAGAACUGAAAUUUGAAAAUAUAAACCUCGAGUACCUUAGAAAUGACAAAGGAUUUCAAAAAGCAAGACGAAAGCAAGAAAAAGAAUUAGAGACUUUACGCAAGCGACAAGCUAAAGAAAAGUCCGCUAUACAAAAACAUCAAUGUACAUCUGUAGAAAAAGCUGUUAAAGGCAAAGACAAAACUGAAGUAAUCAAUGAUGGUGGUGUUAAAAAACUGGUGACUGAGCAAAUGACUCAGUGGUCUGAAAUGGUUGAACGUCAUAGGCGAGAGAAAUGGGCAUUACAAAAACAACAAGCUACUGAACAACAGGAUGCCCUUUUAAAACUUAUGGAGAACCUACAAGCUGCACAAAUGAAGCAGUUAGAAGCUCGACACGAAAAAGACUUAAAAGAAAUGAACACUAGACAAGCAAAGAUAUCUGUCGAAGUGAUGAAAGAGGUAAUGAACGAUAAGACGUUGAAGACAAAAGGCGACAAAGACAGGCGAUUAAGAGAAAAGAAACAAAACAACACAAAAAAGUUCAUGGAUGAGAGGAAACAUGCUCAGAUUAAACAAGCUAAAGAUAAGGAUAAGUUGCAGGCGAAACACGAGAAGCAAAAACAAGAGUUGAUUAAAGAAAUAAACAAUAUAUUCGAUCUGUACGUUUUAGCUUUUGGAGAUGUACAAGAACGAGGAGAUCGAGUACGAGCUGAGCAACAAGACUGAGUUUUUCGUAUGAUGCCACAACAACGACGUAUCCGAAUAAUGACUCGCAUGUCGUUGCUACGGCUAUCUUUCAUGCCCAAAUUAUUAUGAUUUAUAAUAGAUUAAAUUGUUUAAUGUUUAUACAUUUUUCAUUUAGUAACAAAAAUAAUUAUAAUAUUAACUAUAUAAUUUUCUAGUGUAAAAUACAUGUUCGGUAGACCCAG